CCCCUUCCUGAAGGGCGGGAGGGGAGCCCGGCAGCCCAGGCGCCUCCUUCUCCGAAAUGCUCGCCGCUCUUGCAGCAGUCCCAGAGCAGGCUUGGUGACAGCCUCGGGAGCCGCCGUAGUACUGAGGAUGGCUUCCACAGCUGCCGCCGCCGCCUCCUCCUUCUCGCCCUCCUCCGCUCGCGCUCCUGGCGCCCGUCGUUCGUCACCGGGAAAACGCAGCGAGGGCCGCCCGCUCCGCGCGCCAGCCGGAGGGCCCCCCUCCCGGGAGGAGCAGCAGCAGCAGCAGCGUGGCAGGCGGCUCGUGCACUAAAGCAGGUGCACGCUCAGCCUCCUCAUUGGUAGCAGCUGCGGCAGCCGGCGCCUCGCGGGUGUUUCUCUGCUCUUGCCUCCUUCUCCCUCGCUCCCCUCCUCCUCCUCCUCCUCCCCUGCAGACAGGUAGGAUGAGCGCGAGCAGCGGCGCGCGCCGUGUGUCUCUCUCCGUCCUCCUCCUCCUUCUCCGCUAGCAACUGAGGGGAGUGCGGACUCGAAGGCAGCAGCGGCGGCGGCGGCGAAGGGUCGCGUGCCCUGCAGCGGUAGAGCUUGGCUAGGGGGGAAGGCAGCAAAGAGGCUCCCUCAUGCAGGCGGGCAGCUCUCAGACCGUUGCAAUCCCGAUGCCCUUUGCGGAUGAAAGAUGUAUCAUGGAAUGAACCCGAGCAGCGGGGAUCCGUUCCUAGAGAAGCGGCGGCGGCAGGAGCAGCAGCCACCGCCGCCGCCCCCACCACCUCCGCCGCCCCCGCUGCUUCAGCGCUCGCAGUCCAGACUCUCCCUGGUGGUCCUGUGGUUCCAGCUGGCUCUGUGCUUUGGCCCCGCGCAGAUCACAGGCGGUUUUGAUGAACUCCAUGCCUGUGCUGAUCCUGGAUUCCCUGAAUAUGGAUAUAAGAUGCCUGGCGCAGGUGUUUUCUUUGAAAGUUCAGUAGUCCGGUUCCAUUGCCAAGAAGGAUACAGGCUUAAGGGCCCAUCCAAAAAGCUUUGUGAGAGACAUUUCAACGGCUCCCUAAGCUGGAAGCCAAGCGAGAAACCCGUGUGCCUCCAAGAAGCCACAGAUUGCCUUGCACCUGUUGUUGAAGAUGCAGAGGUUCAUAACAAGACAUACGGGACUGGAGAUAAAUUAAUAAUCAGCUGUCAUGAAGGAUUCCAGAUCCGUUACCCUGAUUUAGACAACAUGGUUUCAGUGUGUCAAGACGAUGGAGCGUGGGAUAAUCUGCCCAUUUGUCAAGGUUGCCUGAGGCCAUUGGUUCUUCCUCAUAGUUACAUUAACAUAUCUGAGUUCGAGUCCUCCUUCCCAGUAGGAACUAUGAUAUAUUUUCAGUGCUUUCCUGGAUAUAAACUAGAGGGGACAGAGUUCCUUGAGUGCAUGUAUAACCUUAUCUGGUCAGAUAGCCCACCUAGGUGCCUUGAUGUGGAAGUUUGUCCACUACCUCCUAUGGUGACUCAUGGAGAUUACAUUUGCCACCCGCGGCCUUGCGAGCAUUACAACCAUGGGACUGUGGUUGAGUUCUAUUGUGAUCCUGGCUACACUCUCACCAAUGAUUACAAAUAUAUCACCUGCCAGUAUGGAGAAUGGUUUCCGUCAUAUCAAGUAUACUGUGUCAAAACAGAACAAACUUGGCCAAAUACACAGGAAACUCUCCUGACAACAUGGAAGAUUGUGGCAUUCACUGCUACCAGUGUUCUUCUGGUGCUUCUCUUAGUUAUCCUUGCCAGAAUGUUCCAGACCAAAUUUAAGGCACACUUUCUUCCAAGAGGAGCUCAGGAGAAUUGCAGCAGUGGCCCCGACUUCGUGGUGGUGGACGGUGUUCCUGUGAUGCUACCUUCCUACGAUGAAGCUGUGAGCAGUGGAUUGAAUGCCUUGGCACCUGGAUGUGUGUCCCCUGCUGGCCAGGGGUAUGUUUUACAGGCUGAUGAUCAGAACCCUCCAGCUUAUCCGGGGCCAGAUGACUUGGGCAGGUUGCCGGCGGAAUUUGAUACCUGUGACAGCAUUUCAGGCUCUUCGGAACUUCUUCAAAGUUUGUACACAUCUUCUGUGUGUCAAGUGGGAGCACAUCCUAUCUCAGAGAGAACUGAUGCUAUCAAUAGCACCACCGGGGAAGUAGCAUCAACCAGCCCAAGCAUUGACAUUGCAGAUGAAAUUCCAUUGAUGGAUGAAGACCCUUAAUCUGCACAAAUCUUGAUCAUUACCUGCUCACACCUCUUGGGGGGAGGAGGGCGUAAAAGAAUCAUGCACAUAUGUAUACAAACAUACCUAUAUAUCUAUAUAAAUCUCUAUAUAAAGACUGACUAAAUAUCGGGGGAGGGCAUUUUCGGUUUUUAUAAAUCUUCCACAUUAUGAUGUCACCAGAUUUUUUUGUGCACAUAUCUUAAUCAACUUUGGGGGUUGAGAGCAUCAGCUAUUCAACGGCAGCUUUACAAAAAUGAAUCCUGAGGAUUUGAUGAGACUAGUCACUGCAAAAGAACUAUAGAUUUAUGGAAUAGUGAUGAGUGUAUCUGCAUCGCAGGAAGUCUUAACUGCUCUUUAGAAACACCAGUGAAAGUGGUUUGUGUUACAGGUACAAACUGCCUAAAGAAAGCAUGUCAGAUGAUGUAAAUUUUGCUUUAUUGAAGCUGCUAAAUAUUUAUGAUGGACCACAAUUUACAAAGGAAUCCUAAUUUAUUGGGGUGCGGGGAAAUAAACAGUGUUGAAAUUAAAAUUGGGGAAAGGUCAUUCCUGAAUGGUCUGUUUUAACCAAGCUUGUAGAGAGAAACUCUUGUGGUGAUGUCAUUUAAAGAGGCGGCUGCAGCAACAAAGCACCUGAGUUGAAGAAAGAACUUAUUCUGGGUAAACGUAUAAUAAAAGGAAAGAAGAGGCUUGAGUCAUGAUCUAAAGGUUUUGUUUUUUGUUUAAAAAGAAAGAUCUAAAAUAGAAGUAUUUAUGAAACAUUAUCACAAUUGCAUUGCAUUUGACCUGUUUUUUUCUCAUGAAUGUUCCAAGUUAUAAACAAAAGUAGCAAAGCCACACUUAGGCAAAUGUUGAAAUAGUAGUGUCUCACACCCAUGUUUAAUGAGGCCACUGAGAAACAAGAGAAAGGCAAUGGCAUUGGUUGGAUCCCAACUCAAAGAGGAAGUCUCUGCUUAAAUAGGUCAGUGAGGAAUGAGCAUGCUCAGUGGCAUCUAAGAAUCAUGGGGUGUUGAAUGUCUGCUGAAAAAGGAAAAGAGGAAACUGGUGAGGUGGGUGGGUGGGAGGGAGGUUAAUUGACCUGUUCGAGCUACUUACAAGGAGAAACAUCCUGGAGGAAGACCGGACUGGACUCUGUUGUGAGAUAUCAGUAUUACUAGUUACUAGUGCUUUCACACCUAAGCUGAGGUUUGUACUAAGAACUUUAUAGAGCCAUACUACACAUGGUAUGAUCAGAAACGGUUAUAGUUCAGUGUCAGAGCACAUGUUCUGCAUGCAGAAAGAAGGGUUGGGAAAGACUGAAACUCUGGAGCUAGGUGGAUCAAUGGUCUGAUUUGGUAUAAGACAGCUUCCUAUUUUUCUUCCUUUUUUUCAUUAACACAAAAUGCCAGACUGUAUACAGUGGUGCCCCAGUCUACAAACAGCUCUGUUAAUGAACUAUUUGGUGAACAAACUCUGCAAAACCGGAAGUAGGUGUUCCGGUUAGCGAACUUUGCCUUGGAAACCGAACGGAAUCAGAACGGUGGAAGGGCACCAGUAGCGGGAGGCCUCAGUAGGGAAAGUGCGCCUCGGUUUAAGAAUGGACUUCCGGAACAAAUUAAGUUUGUAAACCGAGGUACCACUGUAUCUGGAAUUUUCUUCAACUUCUUCCUCACUCCCAAUCCAGAUCACAACUGUGUUGAUUAACCUUUUUCUUUUGUUCCAUGGUCUUGAUUGUUGUUGCUGUUCUUUUGACACAAAAGGGAAGCAUGGAUAUCAUUUCAGGGAGGGCAAGGGCAGAUUUCUCCUCUCCACUCAAUACAUCUAAGCUGUUACUUCAGCUACGGUUAAAUCCAACACAUUUAGGCUUCCUAGCUCCACAUGCUCAAGUAUUUGAAGAUAAGUACAAAAAUUAUCUUCCAUAAUACAAUGGCAUUCAUUUUACUUAUUUAAAAUAUCUCUUAACCACACUUCUUCAAAAGAUUCUAGCGAUGAAAUGCAAAAGUGUGACUAAUUCACCCAGCACUGCAACAUAAAUACAGCUUAAAAUGAACAAAUACAUGGAACAAAAUGCAAACCCCCC